AUACUGCAGUUGGAUGAGCAGGGCAAAGGCGUUUUCCACCGUAGAUCAUCAGACCCGUAUAUUCUGAUUGCUGCAUGCGCUAGGCGCGAGUACGCUGUACAUGGCGAGCCCACGCUUCCGAUGUCCAGUCUCUUAUAAGAAGCGAAAUGGACAGCUUUCACUGGGUGCUCACGAAUUUGACUGGACACUGGAUGGCGCUGAGCAACCUGAACUGCGUAUUCCGUACAGUGCUGUAAAAGCACAAGCGCAAAAUAAGUCGGAGAAAGUUAUUUUGAAAGUAUCUUUAUGGGCACAAAAUGGCCAACCAGAAGUCAACCACAACUUCACCUUCCUAUCGACUAACGCGGCCAAAGACCGACAAAAGGUUAUAGAAACGUUAGCCUAUCACAUCAGCCAACGUUCCGGAACUGGGAGCGGGCCACCCUCUGCUUCAGGAACACCGCAGCAUCCUGGGGCAGGAGUUCCCAAAGGCGGUACAUUAUCAGCGGAAGAGCGACAGAUUAGACUGGCGAUCCUGCAGGACAAUAAGGAAUUGGGAGAAUUAUUCAAGACUUUGGUUCUGAGCAACCUGAUAUCUGAAGAAGACUUUUGGGCAACACGUCAGCAUUUGAUGACGUACCAAAAAUGGCAGAAGAAUCAGAAGAAGGGGGUUUUGGGAACCAUCGCAGAUGUCCGUCCCACGGAUAGCGACGGAUCUGAUAUGAAAUUCAAGAUCACCGACGAUGUAAUAGCCUCAAUCCUGGCACAAUUUCCACCUGUUAGAAAAGCAUACGAAGCCAAUGUUCCUAAUAAGAUGACCAAAGAGACUUUUAUGCGCAAGUACCUCGAGUCCAAGUUCUAUCAGCGAAAUCGUGGACCCGGCAGUAGUGGAAGUGACGCAUUUUUUGCCCAAUAUGAAGAAGAGGAAGAUGAUGACUAUGCGGUACACCCAAAGCGUGCAAAGUACGAAAGUUCCCACCUCCUUCUAGAUCUGGCAGCACAAACUGAAGAUCAUUUGGAGACGGGCAAUCGGCCAGAUACCACGAUGCGAGCAGGAGGCGUACGAUCAUCGUUACCAUUAAUUCGGCAAUUCAACCGCGUAUCCGAAGGUGUUCUGAAGGCCAACAUUAAACCUUCAAGCACUCAGACCAAGGAACCAACUGCGGACGAGGUUUAUUUGCGAUCAACGGAGUUAGACGACCUGAGACCAGCAGAAGGACCAAUAGCAAAGGCUCUCGAAAUUGCAGAUGCGACGAAGUACUUCCAGUCGCAAGUAGGAUUGUCGACGUCCACCCCUGUUGAGCGGCAACAAUUAAACGCUUCGCAACUUUUACGAACAUUUAGCAAGGCUGUCCAGAAUUGGGAGCCAAUCCUAUCCAAGACUGCGGUCUCCCGGGCGAGUGGAGACAGCAUCUUACAACAAUUAAAUACGUUGACGAAAAAGAGAAAGCGGGAUUAUCAACGAAAUCGAGCACUAAGCAGCACAGUCGCCAAAGAUGCGAUGGCCCUGCAUGCUGCUGCUAAGGAACUGCUACAUAAUUAUUGGAGUGCCAUAACUGAAAAGGAUACGGAAAAAUUAACUAGAAUUGUUACGGUCUUGCAAGACAUAUUAGAUAAGGCGCGGAACUUUGACAAAGAUUCCCGCGAUGGGCCCAACAAUGUUUCCAAGUCUGCCGCUUUCAAAGCAAUGCAGGACUCAGUGGAGCGGGCAAUAAGAUUGCAUAAAAAGAGACGAGUUGAAGACAGGCAUCGUUUCCUAUCUAUCUGAUAGCCUCCCUUCAUGGUAGUCAGGAGCACGUACGAAAUUAGGUACCGCUGCGGGCAUGGUCAUCGUUAGUGAGGUCUCGGUCGUGGUGUUCCCUUCUGUGAACAUUCCUGGAGUUGGAGGGCUACCGGCCAUAUCCACUCAUAGGCGGGCCAAACCGUCACCUGCAAGUCAGGGCAAGCGUUUGUCAAGUGUAAACUAGUCUAGAAAGUGUGGCACUCAAUCUAUUGCUUGCUUGGUAAAGACCACUCGCGAGUUCAUCUUUAAAACCACGUACAUAGUCUAUCCAUG